UGGUAAUUUGGAUUAGGGUUAAAUAUGUAUUUUCAGUCUAAUAGCCCUUGGUCGCUGGCACACAUACCAAUGCUAUCUCCGCCUACUCCCUAGCACAUUGACCUCCCACUUCCGCAUCAGCAGCUUUCGUUGUUGUGGACUUCGCCACUUUCCAUUGAGCAGCAGAGGGCAGAGAGGGAGCGCCGUAGACUUCCAACAACAGUUUUCAGAACUCCGAGGCCAAAAUCUUGGAUUGAAUCAGGGCAGGCAGCGCUUCUCUACUUCUUUUCUUGUUGGUGAGCGAGCGAGCAAGAGAAACGAUCAGGAAGGGACUGCUGCAGAUAGAACGCAGAGCGGCAUUACCGAGCGGGAACUUCGAGGUUGAGAGGCCAGGAGUUGUGUGUGGAGGUCCUUGAUAUUCAUAAUGGAAGAAACAGGAAAUCCACAUCCUUAUGUGCCCACAGAUCUGCUACUCCCCGAUUAUGUGCCUCCAUUUCUCUCUCAAUCCGCCAUCCUCUGCAUUUACGGGGUUGCCUCUCUUGUUGUCCUUUCAACUGUUUGGGUCUCUUCUGGCUUCUCCCGGAAAAUAGCUAAACUUGACAGGCUUCUUCUUUGCUGGUGGGCUUUCACUGGUCUCACACACUUGAUUCUCGAAGGAUAUUUUGCUUUUGCACCGGAAUUUUACAAGGACAAAUCUGGGUUCUUCCUUGCUGAAGUUUGGAAAGAAUACAGCAAAGGUGAUUCAAGAUAUGCAGCAAGAGAUUCUGGAGUAGUUUCUGUUGAAGGAUUGACAGCAGUCUUCGAGGGGCCCGCCUGCCUUUUAGCUUUAUAUGCUAUUGCUACAAGAAAGUCAUACAGCUACAUUCUUCAGUUUGCUAUCUCCCUGGGACAGCUCUAUGGAACUGCCGUGUAUUUCAUUACUGCAUAUCUAGAGGGCGAUAACUUUGCUGCCAGUCCGCAUUAUUACUAUGCCUACUACAUUGGUGCCAAUGCAUCUUGGGUUGUCAUACCCUCGUUGAUAGCCUUGCGCUGUUGGAGGAAGAUUUGUGUGGCCGUGAACGUUGCAGACCAGAAAAAGACCAAAACAAAAUCCCGCUAAGUUAGCAGCUGACAAGAAUGCCCGACUCCCUUUGCAUCGUUGAUGAUAUCUCGCUUCUCGCUACUUCUUGUUUGGUGGUUUGGUUUCUGCAACUGGAAGCGUUGGAAGCAUUAUUAAUCAGGAGAGAUUGAAAACUUUGGAUCAUUCUUUUCGAAUGUGUUCCUAAUGAAAUUAUGUAUUGUCUGGAUCGAUUGGAACAUGUGCUGUGUCUCGGCAGAGUGCUUUCUACUGUGAACCUUUGAAUUUUCGAUUUCAUGUUCGUGUUUGUUCUUCUCUCACAACAAUAUCCACCAACUGUUUCAGUCAAGGCAUGGACUGCGCCAGAGAGUAGGGGCGAAAGCCCCAGCCUUUGUUACUUGUCUAGCUGCUCUUGGAUAGAAUAAAUUUCAUUGCAGGGUUGAG